UGUCAAACCAGCUUGGAAUCAGAGACGAUGUUACAACUAGAAACAUUAGACAAUUUGUGAUGUACGCGUAACGCUUUACAGUUAUUAACUCUUUUUAUGUUAAAAAUGUCUACUUCAGAUUCAGAAAUGCGGCAAGUGUUGCUUCGUGCUGUGAAAAAAGAGGUAAAACAAAUUAUGGAGGAAGCUGUUACCCGCAAGUUUGUCCAUGAAGAAUCCAGCAGUAUUACCUCCCUUUGUGGAGCAGUGGAGGCCUGUUUGCUACAUGGCUUAAAGAAGAGAGCACUGGGUCUGUUCAAACUGAGUACCACCAUGGCACUGCUACAGAAGAUAGCCAAAAGCUUUGAGCCAGCAGCUUCAGUGGUCAAGAUGGUAUCUGAAGCAGAGACCACCAAUGAACACAGCAAGAAAUCACUAGACAACAACAAGAACCAGACUAAGAAGAGUGUCUCAUCCUACAAUCCACGAUAUCGGUGGAUCCGAAUUUCAAUUUUUGAAAAACAGCUGGCAAAAAUUCUCGAUUACCUCGUCCAGAAUAACAGCAAAUAUUACGAACCUGAUGCACUGAUUGCAGACCCAGUAGAUGGUCCAAUAUUUGCAUCAUUGCUUGUGGGUCCCUGCGCCCUGGACUACACAAAGAUGAAAACCUCGGACCACUUCUGGACUGACCCUCCGGCGGACGAGCUUGUCCAGAGACACCGAAUACAUUCAAGUGGCAAGCAGGCGUUUUCCACAAGCCCUGGCUCGCCAAAACGACCAGGACUGCAAGUGGCUACAAAUAUAAAGGGUUUAUCGAGUUCUAGCAGUGAAGACAGCCCGAAGGGAAAUUUCCACAUGUCGGCCAGGGAGUAUGUCGAGUCGCUGCACCAGAACUCGAAAACAACGCUGCUAUAUGGGAAGAACAAUGUGCAGGUUCAACCAGUCCAGAAGGAGGAUGUGAAGCCACUGGCUGGCUACCUGUCGCUACACGAGAGCCCUGACGGCCUCAUCAUCAUGUGGACGCCCAACCAGCUGAUGAACGGCUGCUGCGAGGCCACAGACGAGGAAACUGACAGAAGUAUGUUCUGGGAGUUUGCAAUGACAGUCUGUGUUGAUGAAAUAGUGUACAUCCACUGUCACCAGCAGCCUGACUGUGGUGGCACCAUUGUUCUCGUUGGUCAAGAUGGCGUCCAGCGUCCUCCCAUCCACUUCCCAAAGGGAGGUCACCUACUGGCGUUCCUGUCCUGUCUGGAGACCGGUCUAUACCCCCGCGGUCAGCUCGACCCCCCACUGUGGGCGCAGCGCGGCAAAGUCACUCACCAAACAUCGAGUUUUGAUAUGAGCAGGCGUUCCUAUGGCAGAGACAGCAAGACAGGCAAAGUCUUUCCUAAAAUGAAGCGAAAAGGAAGUCAGCUCUCAAAUGAGGGAAGUCUGGGAAGUAGCAGUUCAAGUGCCGAUGAGGAGGAAGCGACAGAUUACGUAUUUCGAAUCAUUUCAACGUUCAGACCAAAUUCUAUUACUCCAGAAAUGAUGGACCCGAAAGCGAAACUGACGACGGAUCAGUCCCCAUGGGCCGUGCGGCGCCAGCUACCACCGAGUCCGCUGACCCAGUCGUCGAUGCAGUCGUACGCCAAGUCGCAGGAAGUCCAGAACAACACCUGUCUGUCGCAGACCAUGGUCCAGGGCGGGCCCAGCCACAGGUACCUAGCUCAUAUUAAACAGCUGUGUGAUACAAUGAGGAAGCAGAUCAUAUCCAGGGCAUUUUAUGGUUGGCUUGCACAUUGUCGUCACCUGAAGACUGUUCGCACACACCUAUCGGGAUUAGUGAAUGGGAAAAUAGUACCUUCAGAUAUCCCAUACGACGCCAUUGGUGGGCUCACUAAAGAACUCUGGCAAGAACUCAAUAACAAUGGAGUGGUGACCAACUCUGGUGAAGUCUAUCGUCUUGUAUACUAUGGUGGUGUUUGCCAUGACUUGAGGAAAGAGGUGUGGCCCUAUUUGCUGGGACAUUACAAAUUUGGCAGCGAGAAGGCAGAACGAGAGACAAGAGACUCCCACAUUCAGGAUGAAUACGAAAGAGUCAUGUCCGAAUGGCUGGCUGUUGAGGCCAUUGUGCGACAGCGGGACAAGGAGAUCAUGGCCGCCAAUCUAGCCAAGCUGUCCAAGGAGAGCAUGGACGGGCACAUCCCUCUCGCGAGGAAGGACUCGAAUCUAAGCAAUGACGUCUUUGAGUCGUUUGACUCAGAGGAGUUUUCACACCCCGAGACAUUGGUCGAGGAGAGUUCCACGGCGAUGACCACCCCAACGGCUGAACGGUCUAGUAUUAGCGACCUCGGUGGUACCGUGCAGAAAUCGGACCAGGUCGUGCAGACCGACACUCCGGUUCACGUCCGCCGAAUCAGCUCGUUAACUGACAGUCCGGAUGACGGUUUGGGCGACUCCAUCACGCGAGGGGGAUCGUCGACCGACCGGUCGAAACUGGACUCGUUGGAAGAUUGUGAAAUGAUGGACAAUUUGAAAAUAGAUCCCGAGGGAAGUGCUGACGAAUGUAUUGUGGUCACAAAGCUGUCUGUCGAUAGUGCGGUGGUGGAGGAAGAAGGGAACGUGAUUCAAGAGGCAGAAAGAAGUGAGGAUGUCGGGGUGGGGUCGGGUAGAACAGACGAGCCAGUGGCAGCACGCGUGACUGAUGCUCUAACCGUGGAAGAUGGUAUGACUUCGGCGUUUGAGCAUGACUCACUUGAGGGCAGUCGACAUUUGUCAGCGUCUAAAGAGAGCUUGGUGUCACCAGCGUCUCCUGCUUCCCAUGGCGGGAUCUAUUCAAACGAACUGCUUGAGGAUGUUGCUCUCAACUGGCACAGAAUAGACAAAGAUGUGCAGAGGUGUGACCGAAACUACUGGUACUUCUGCCAUGAUAAUCUGGAAAAACUCCGCAAUGUUAUGUGCACAUACGUGUGGCAGCACCUUGAUGUGGGAUAUGUCCAAGGGAUGUGUGAUUUAGUGGCUCCACUCCUUGUUAUUUUUGACGAUGAGGCACUGACAUACAGCUGUUUCUGCGAGUUGAUGAAGAGGAUGUCAUCUAACUUCCCUCAUGGCGGUGCCAUGGACACUCACUUCGCCAACAUGAGAUCUCUAAUACAGAUCCUAGAUUCAGAGUUAUUUGAACACAUGCAUCAGCAUGGUGACUACACCCAUUUCUACUUCUGUUACCGGUGGUUUCUUUUGGACUUCAAAAGAGAGCUUGUGUAUGACGAUGUGUUUUCCGUGUGGGAAACAAUCUGGGCGGCCAAGUACAUCAGCUCCUCCCACUUUGUACUCUUCAUAGCGCUGGCUCUAGUCGAGUACUACCGAGAUAUCAUCCUCGACAACAACAUGGACUUCACGGACAUUAUCAAAUUCUUCAAUGAAAUGGCUGAGAGACACAAUGCAAAGCAAGUUCUGAAGAUCUCGCGUGACCUUGUGUUGAAACUGCAGACACUGAUUGAAAACAAGUGAAGUCUUUUAACACUGAA